CGCGGGUCGCUGCCAGGCAAUCCUACUUGCGAAACCAAAGCUGAAGCAAUAACUCGCACACAGCUGCAACAUUCUGCGCUUGCUUCCCUUGAGUUCCAGGCUGUCGCUCCUGCCCUCAACGCUUGUCCAAACUUUCCCCAACACCGUUUCAAGUACACAUCUCUCGUCAAUGCUAUAGCUUGGGCGUCUCACUAGCCUAUGAACUGUACCUGCGCAGCGAGCAAUCUGAAAAUGCUUUAGGUGCUGACUAUCGACGUCUCCCGCUGCGGACCGGGCCCGCUGGGCUGAGCUAGAAAGAUGAUUAAGUUCCUCCUAAUGGUGAACAAGCAGGGUCAGACCCGACUGGCUAAGUACUUCGCUGAGUUCCUCUCCACCGACGAGCGGAGAGCGCUGGAGGGAGAGGUGGUGCGCAAGUGCCUAUCACGCACAGACAAGCAGUGCUCCUUCUACGAGCAUCGGCAGUACAAGAUCGUGUAUCGGAGAUACGCCUCGCUGUUCUUCAUGGUCGGGGUGGACGAUGACGAGAACGAGUUGGCCACGCUGGAGUUCAUCCACUGCUUUGUGGAGGUGCUGGACAAGCACUUCGGCCAGGUGUGCGAGCUGGACAUCAUGAACGAGCCCGAGAUGGUCCACUACAUCCUGGACGAGAUGCUGCUGUGCGGCCAGAUCGUGGACACCAACAAGACCAACAUCCUGGAGCCCGUGCAGCUGCUGGAGCAGGUGCAGACAUAGAGGCGGCGGAGGCGGAGAAGGCGGCGGAGGAGGAGGGCGGGGAAGGGGAGGGGAGAGGGGCGCGGGGGGGAGGGGGCUGUGGGCGACGUGGUUCGUGGGUGAUGGAUCUGGGGGCGGGAUUGCUUCACAAGGAAGGUGGGCUCUGUGCGGCUCAAAGUCUUGAUGGCGGGUGUGUGCCGCGGCCAUCAUGGCAUUCGGCAGUUGCCACGGCGUGGCCCCAGAUGUCCAUACUGGCAAUACGGGUGGGCGGAGAGCGCUUUUGAGACAGUCGCGAACCCCAACCGGGUGAGCUGAAUGCUGUCGGUGUUGGUGGACUUGCACGCAUGGGUGAUUAGCACGUAUCCGGCGCACGGAGAUAUUGGUCGUGCGUGAGGGGGUGAGGACUCGGUUCCGGCAGGUUCCGGUGCCCGGGUCCAGCACAUAUUGACGUGCCAGGAGAGGAGGGCGGACUAACGCGGAGUUGCCUCUUGAGGCACCGUGAACUUGCGGCAGUGAAAGUGGCAGUAACAGCACAAAACAUCAGAGUCUACUAUCUCACACAUGCUGGGUAAUACAAGUCUUGCUCCACUUGCAAUGAAGUCUUAGCUUCUGUGGACAGCAAAUUGGCAACGAAAUGG